AUGAGCGCGAACGGGCCCGCGCCGAAUGGCCGACCCUUCGCCCGCAACUCGCGCGGCACUCCCUUUGCCAGGAACUCCGUCUCCUCGCCGCUCCACGACGCCGACGACUCCCCCAUGGGCCACCUGCGCAACCGCUCCCUCACCAACCUCACCAGCCCGCCGCUGGGCCGCAGUGACUCGGCACGCCUGCGCUCCAACUCGAACCGCAACAGCACGCCCGUCGGCACCUUUGCCCCGCAGUUCAUCUCCGAGGACGACGACGCUGCUCCGCGCCUGGGUGGCAUCGUGGAAGGCGAGAACGACUUCUCCGGCAAGCGCUAUGUUUGGCUUAGGGAUCCCGUCACGGCCUUCGUCCGCGGAUGGGUCGUCGAGGACCUGCCGGGCGGACGCAUCUUGGUCCAAUGCGACAAUGGCACACAGCAAGACGUCGACGCCGACGCCAUCGACAAGGUCAAUCCGGCCAAGUUCGACAAGGCCGACGACAUGGCGGAACUCACGCAUCUCAACGAGCCCUCGGUCAUCCACAACCUCCACAUGCGAUACCAGGCCGACCUGAUAUACACCUACUCCGGACUCUUUCUCGUCACCGUGAACCCCUACUGCCCGCUGCCCAUCUACUCGCGAGAGUACAUCAACAUGUACCGGGGGCGGAGUCGGGAGGAGACCAAGCCGCAUAUCUUCGCCAUGGCUGAUCAUGCCUUCCGGAAUCUCAUAGAGGAAGGCACCAACCAGAGUAUUCUUGUGACCGGAGAAUCCGGUGCUGGUAAGACGGAGAACACCAAGAAGGUCAUCCAGUACCUAGCCGCCGUCGCCAACUCGGAAACCCCACGGGCAAAGUCAGGAGGCCGCCACCUCUCCAACCUGUCCGAGCAGAUACUACGAGCCAAUCCCAUCCUCGAAGCCUUCGGUAACGCGCAAACGGUGCGGAAUAACAACUCGUCUCGUUUCGGAAAGUUCAUCAGGAUCGAAUUCUCCCGCACCGGACACAUUGCUGGCGCGUACAUAGACUGGUAUCUGUUGGAGAAGUCAAGAGUCGUGCGUCUCAACUCAAACGAGCGCAACUACCACGUCUUCUAUCAGCUGCUGCGCGGCGCACAGAGCCAGAUGAAGCAGGACUUCUUCUUGGACAACAAAGACACAGACGAUUUUGAAUAUACAAGGCAUGGCAACGAUGUAAUUUCCGGUGUGGAUGACCGAGAUGAGUGGAAUGGCUUGAUUGAAGCUUUCCAUGUCAUGGGCUUUACCGACAAGGAGCAAUCGGCCAUCUUGAAGACAGUCGCUGCAGUCCUGCACCUCGGCAACAUCCGGGCUGUCAAGGAGAGUCGGCGGGCAGACCAGGCUACACUGAAUCUUGCAGCUGAGCAGCAAGCUCAGAUAGUCGCCCAAUUACUUGGCAUCUCCGCCGAUGACUUCAUCAAGGCCCUUCUACAUCCUCGUGUGAAGGCCGGCAGAGAGUGGGUUGAGAAGGUCCAGACACCCGAGCAAGUCAAUCUCUCUAUCGACGCCCUCGCAAAGGGUAUAUAUGAGCGUGGCUUCGGUGACCUCGUCGACCGUAUCAAUCGCCAACUCGACCAGACCGGCGGUGGUGGAGACGACUCACAUUUCAUCGGCGUGCUGGAUAUUGCCGGUUUCGAAAUCUUCGAUGAGAACAGCUUCGAACAGCUUUGCAUCAACUACACUAAUGAGAAGCUACAACAAUUCUUUAACCACCACAUGUUCGUUCUAGAACAAGAAGAAUACGCACGCGAACAGAUCGAAUGGAAGUUCAUCGACUUUGGCCGCGAUCUCCAGCCGACAAUCGACCUGAUCGAGCUACCAAACCCCAUUGGUAUCUUCUCCUGCCUGGACGAGGACAGUGUUAUGCCCAAAGCCACCGACAAGAGCUUCACAGAGAAGCUGCAUUCGUUAUGGGACCGCAAGAGCACCAAGUACAAGCGAUCACUCCUUACUCAAGGUUUCGUCCUUACCCACUACGCUGCCGAAGUAGAGUACUCGACGGAGAACUGGCUGGAAAAGAACAAGGACCCGUUGAACGACAACGUCACUCGCCUUUUGGCUGGCUCCGCUGACAAGCAAAUCGCCAAUCUCUUUGUUGACUGUGCUGAUGCGGACGAUGGCAUGGGCGGAGCCCGUAGCCGUGUCAAGAAGGGUCUCUUCCGUACCGUCGCUCAACGCCACAAAGAGCAACUGUCGACACUCAUGACCCAGCUCCACUCCACCCACCCCCAUUUCGUCCGAUGUAUUCUUCCAAAUCACAAGAAACGACCAAAGCAAUUCAGUGCACCUCUUGUCCUUGACCAGUUGCGUUGCAAUGGUGUUCUGGAAGGUAUACGUAUCGCACGUACUGGUUUCCCCAACCGACUUCCGUUCGUGGAAUUCCGCCAGAGAUACGAGGUACUCUGCAGAGAUCUCCCCAGGGGCUAUCUCGAAGGGCAGGUCGCGGCCAACAUGAUCCUCGAAAAGAUCAACCUUGACAGGUCAUUGUACCGUGUCGGAAUCACAAAGGUCUUUUUCAGGGCUGGUGUCCUUGCCGAACUCGAAGAUCAACGCGAUGCGCUCAUCCGCGAUAUCAUGAUUCGUUUCCAGUCUGCAGCUCGUGGAUUUGUGCAACGCCGUCUAGCCCACAAGCGUCUCUAUCGAGCCGAGGCCACUCGGAUCAUUCAGCGCAACUUCCAGGUCUACCUUGAUAUGCAGUCGAACCCAUGGUGGAGGCUCUUCGCACGCAUGAGGCCUAUGCUUGGUGCGACACGUCAAGCAGCAGAGGUCAAGAAGCGCGACGAGAUGAUCCACCAGCUUGAGGAAAAGAUGCAACAAGAAGCUGCCGAAAGACAACGGGUUGAGGACGAGCGAAGACGCGCAGAAAUGGAUAUCCAACGCAUCCAAAAGACGCUUGAGAGCGAACGUGCGCUUGCCUUGGACAAGGAAGAGAUCUUCAAACGUCUUCAGCUCCGCGAGACUGAGCUUUCCGAAAAGCUCGCUGGUGCUAUCGAAGAUCAGGAUCAACUUGAAGACCAGCUAGACGAUCUCAUGGAAGCGAAGAGGAGGACUGAGGAGGACGUCGAACAUCUGCGCAAAGAGCUGGAACAAGCUGGGCAAAUUAUCAGCAAGCUCGAGGGCGAAACACAGGAUCUAGAAGAGCAGAACGCUCGCCUGGAUCAGCAGCUCAAAGAGCUUGAGGUCAAGCAGUCUCAAAGAAGCCAGGCUGAGGAGACAAUGAACCAGGAGAUCAAGAUGCUCAAGAGCCACCUGUCGUUGAAGGAACGAAAGCUUGAGGACCUCGAACAUAAACUUCUCAAGACAGACCAGGACCUCGACAUCAAGUUGGCAGCUUCACAGAAGGAGGUACAGGCCGGCAAGAAUCAGAUCAAGGAACUCCUCGAUGAGAAUCGGCAAAUCCGUAACCAAAUCGCGGAUCUGUCGUCGACAUCGACUAGCUAUGAAGAUCUCAUCAGACGUAAGGAGAGCGAGCUCGCAAUCCUGAAGACCGACCUCAAGAGCUACGAAAACGACCGCCGGCUGUUUGACGAUGAAAAGCGAACCUUGGCUUCCAAGCACGACGAUCUUCAAAGCCGCCUCCGUGACGCAAAGGCGGAGCUGGAUGCUGUACGCUCCCAAAAGGAACAGCUCGAACGUGAAGCAGCAGAUGCCAAACGUCUACUUGAGGAGAAGAUGUCCGAGGACGCUGAGUACAGCGAAAGCCGGAAGCUGCUGGAAGAGCAGACGGAAGCCCUCAAGGCUGAGCUCUUUGCUGUUCAGAAGGAGCUCAGUCGGGAAAGACAAUCGCGCGACGAUGUUGAGAUGCUUGGAGAGCACAAAUACGACACACUCAAGCGCGACUACGAUGCGUUGAACGAAUCCAAGAUCACUAUUGAGAAGGAAAUGUACGCUCAGCAGGAUGUUCUUCGACGAGCCACGGAAACUCGCACCGCACACGAAAAGGAACGGAAAGAGUACCAGAACGAACUCCGCAGUCUUCGCGAGAAAUACCUCAAGCUGGAGGAGCAGAAAUUGGAUGCCGAUGCUGAAGCCGAACGUGCCCAGUCAAGGCUAGCUUCCGAACGACAGGCCAUCCAGCAACGCGAGCUGGAAGAGAAGGACCAACAGCUUGACCAACUCGAGGCAGAGCGGGAUGAUUUGGCCGAACAGGUUCACAACUUGACGCAGAUGCUCGCCGACUCAGACUCGUUCAAGGAGCGCAACGACCAGCAAAAGGAGCGUCUCGAACGCGAGAUAGUCACCAUCAAGGGAAGACUUACAGCAUCGGAGAACGACAACCGUGCACUCCUCAACAAACUUCAGCAAAAGAACUUGGACAUUGCGCGAUCAAACUCGCGAGCCGGCGACACUCAGCGUGUGAAGAUCACCCAGCUGACUCACGAGAAGUCCAAGGCUGAGGAAGACAACAAGCGCCUCUACCGUCAGCUCGAAGACGCACAGCUCACGAUCGCGUCCUUGGAGAAGCAGAAAGAGAAGUUGUCGCUCAGCCUUGAGGACCUCAACCAUGAGCUUGCAAGAGAGCACAAAACAAGCCGCAACGCAGAGCAGGCCGCCUCUACUGUCAACUUACAACUCGCAGAUGUCAACCGCAAGCUCGAGACUGAACGCCAGCUACGUACACAAGCUCAAGCCAACACAAAGGCGGUUCAGACAUCGCUUGACAACACCAACCAGGAGUUGGAGGAAUGCCAUCGACAGCUUAUGCUUCUUCGCAAGGUCUUUGACCCAGACUCGGCCGAUGUUGCAAUCACUUACGAUGCUGCGAAGCCUGACAUUGUCAGAACGGUGGACAUUGCCGAGCGCCUGGAGGCCGCGAACCAAGCUUUGCGCGUAGCAUCAGAGCGAUACUCGCGUGCUGAGGCUCAGCUUGACGAGCUCCGAGAAAGGCAUGAGGGCGAGCUUCAUGACAUGGAUGCACGCCAUGCCAACUCGAAGCGUGCUCUGCUAGAGGAGAUGAACAGCAGCCAAGUCAACCAAGCCAAUGCACGUCAAACACCUACUCACAACCGCAAGGACAGCGAGAACAAGCGGCCAUUCUCCAUCACGAACACUCCUACCAACCAGCGACACAUCAGCAAUGCCACGCACGACUCCGCACGUUCCGAUCGGACUGUUGACACAGUCGCGUUCAACAACCGCAUGGACAUGGCUGCCGAGCUCGAGAUGGUGCAGAACCAGUUGCAGAUGUCAGAGAUGCAGAACAAACACCUUCAAGAACAGCUUGGACGCUCGCCUGAGCGUAACGGAUGGCAGGAUGACAGCCCCUCUGUUCGAAGGGUGCAAAAAUUGGAGCGCGAGAAUUACCGUCUGCAUGACAUGCUUGACGACUCUGCUACUAAAGUAUCUGCCCUUGAGCAUAGCCUUCGUUCCGGCCAACUCUCCUACCAGGAAGUCCAGACGAAGUCUCAUGAACAGCUGUUCGAUCUCUUGACAUCCCAAGAGCAAUCGCGUAAAUCAAUUGUACAGGCUCACAACACCGCCAUCAACGAACUGGCAGACGCCAAGACGGCCUUUGACGACAUCAAGCAGGUCAAGGUCUCGUUAGAGUCUGAGCUCCGCGAGAUGCAAGCCGAGCUUGAAGAUCUCACCAACGAGCGAGAGCAAGAGCACGCUAACCAUAACCAGCUUCUCCAAGAAUUUGCUGAUCUUCAGAUCCGACUGGACAACGAGACAUCGACAUUGGUCGAUGUACAGUCCAGCUUAAACCUGUACAAGAGCAGGGCCGACGAAUACUUCAGCAAGUUGGAACAAGCGGAGAUUGCCGUACUGCGAGCAUCUCGUGCGGAGCAAUUCGCAAAGACCCAAGCUCGGGAAGCCGAAGAAACUUGCGCAACCAUCAUGGCUGAGCGGAAGGAGAUGGACGGCAUGGUCGAGGACUUGCAGCGAACAGUUCAACGGUACGACGAACGUGUUGAAGACCUCUCAACCGACCUACAGACAGCUCUGCAAGCCAAGAAACGACUACAGAACGAGCUCGAAGAUUACAGAAGUCAGCACGCUCAUGACGUCGAGGACAGCGAAACCUCGCUUGAGCAAACACGCAAGAAGUACCAGUCCGAGCUGGCAUCCCUCACCCAGGAAAUCGACCAGGAGCGCGAGAACGUAAUCCACGUUCGCGAAGAGAAUGGCCGACUACGGGAAGAGAUUGAGGAGCUGAGGAACAAAUGGGACGACGAGUUGCUUAACUCUUCAACCUGGGCAAAGGAGAAGAGCCGUCUUGAGAUGACUCUGCAAACUAUCUCUAAUUCGCGCGACGAAGCCGCCAACGCGCACAACGAAGCGCAAUCCAAGAUCGUCAGCCUGCUAUCACAGGUCCGGAAUCUGCGCACCAACGUCGAUGACCUUGCAGCCGAGCGCGACUCCGCCAUCGAGGAGAAGAAGCGUCUCGAAUCGCGUCUGCAAGAAGCUGCUGAUACGCUCGAUGAACUCUCUCGCUCAGAAUCUCCAGCUAUGCGCAAUGCCGCUGCUUACGACCGUGACUUGUUGGAGCUCAAAUCCGGCUUGGCACAACAGGAGGACAUUACUGCUGCUGCGGUGGGCAAGAUGCGCCGCGCAGAGGCUCUUGCCCAAGAGCUGCAAAAGGACAUCGUAGCUGAACGGGAAGCCAACGUGAAGCUUCACAAGGACAAGGCAGCUGUCGAAAAGGGCCUAAAGGACCUGCAACUUCGCCUGGUCGAUCUCGAGACGAAGGGCUACAGCGGCUCAGCUGGCAAGGACGUCCGCUUCCUCCAUGGACGCAUUCAAGAGCUCGAAAAAGCCCUAGAGGACAGUGAAUCCACUCGCCUCUCCGAAUCGCGUAGCGUCCGCAACGUAGACCGUACGGUAAAGGACCUACAGACUCAAAUCGAGCGCCGCGACAAGCAGAAUGCGUCUGUCAUGGACGACCUCAACAAGUCGCGCGACAAGAUCUCCAGCCUCCUGGCCACCAUCGAUGACCUCCAGUCCUCUGACUCGACCAACCAACUCGCCGCUAAGCGCGCCGAGCGCGAACUUCGCGAAGAACGAGAGAAGACUCUGCGUCUCGAGCGCGAACUCGAAGGCUGGAAGAACCUCCGUGUUGAGCGCCGUAGCGCCCUCGGCGUCCCCGGAGCACCAGCAAGUGAGGCUGGGGACACGCGCUCACGACGAGGAAGUUCCAUCGGCCUCCUAAUGGGCGAAAUGGGCGAAGUCUCUGCAGCCGACAAAGGGAAGUACGGCGGCAGUCUUCGCUCCGGUCUCCGUCGUGUCAGCGGUCAGAAGGGUUUUUUGUAG